AGCGGGAGGGGGCGGGGCGCCGGAGGAGGACGCGGGAGCAGGCGCAGGAGCGAGCGCGCGCGCGUGUGUUUGUGUGUGUGUGGAGGCCAACGGCGGAGGGCGCGAGCCACACCGGCGGGCGGACAGUUGGGCCGGCGAGGGGAGCCAGCGAGAGAGACCGGGCGGCCAGACACCGCACCGACCCACAGCAGGACACCGCGCCCCGCUCUCGCCGCCAUGGCCGAGACGAAGGAGACGCAUGAGGAGCAUGACUCAGCAACUGACCAUGUAGAUGAUUCUAACCAUGACCCCCAAUUUGAGCCCAUAGUUUCUCUUCCUGAGCAAGAGAUCAAAACUCUUGAAGAAGAUGAAGAAGAACUGUUUAAGAUGCGUGCAAAGCUGUUCCGGUUUGCAUCAGAGAAUGAUCUUCCAGAAUGGAAAGAACGAGGCACUGGUGAUGUAAAACUUCUGAAGCACAAAGAGAAGGGGACCAUCCGCCUCUUGAUGAGGAGAGAUAAAACCCUGAAAAUCUGUGCAAAUCACUACAUUACACCUUUAAUGGAGCUGAAGCCCAAUGCUGGCAGUGACAGGGCAUGGGUGUGGAAUACACAUGCUGACUUUGCAGAUGAGAGUCCUAAGCCAGAACUUCUGGCAAUUCGAUUUUUAAAUGCAGAAAAUGCACAGAAAUUCAAGGCAAAAUUUGAAGAAUGUAGGAAUGAGGUUGAUAAGAAGGCAAAGAAAGCAGGAACAGACAAAAAUGAUAGUGCUGAUAAAGUUGCCGAGAAACUAGAAGAACUUUCUGUAAAGGAAGAGUGCAAAGAAUCAGAGAAGAAAGAAGUCAAGGAGAAAACUGAAGAAAGUCAAUAAAUCAUCUUGAGCCUUGUGUUUUCUUUUUCUUAAUUUUUUUUAAUUUUUACAAGGGACUUUAUAAAAAACUGUAUUCCAACAUUUGAAUUUUUUUUUAAGCUUUUGCCCUUUUUGAAGAGAUCUUCAGAAAUCCAUUCCCCAGUCAUGAAAAUGUACUGUGCUAAACUUUCUUUUCCAUAGUGGAAACACUUAUUUAUAGUCAUCCAAGAGAGUGAAUAAAGCUUUGAAAAUGGUAUCAAAGGACAUGACCGAGUUUUCUAUAUGCUUCAAAUGCGUGACUGCAAUUCUUACAUUGGGUUAUAUUUUUGAGUGCAUAUCUUUAGAUGAGAUGUAGUAUAACUGAAUUAUACCAAUAGAAAAGGUACAAGUAAUAAAGAUGGAUGUUGUCUGUUGUGACUGAAAGCUGUAAUGACUGAAAUAAGAUACUUUAUGCUAUGGUUUCUUUCCUUGUAACUGGGAUUUGAGUGGACUUCAUGCUUUCAUGUAGCUUUGUUACAGAAAAUAGAAAUGCCCCAUAGAAUGUAAUGCCAUAAUCCUAGAGAGUUUCCAGCUAUGGUGCUUCAACAUAUUUGUGGUCUCUAAUGGCCAGUCGUAGAUCAGGCCUGCUCAACUUAGGACCUCCAGCUGCUUUUGGACUACAACUUCCAUAAUCCCCAGCCACAGUGGCCAAUAGACAGGGAUUAUGGGUGUUGUAGGCUAACAUCUGCAGGAGGACCGAAGUUGAGCAGCCCUGUAGAUAAAGACUGAACAUAUACUUUGAACACUUGAGUGAGUGGAGAUGGGCAUUGACUGGCAAUGAAGCAACUUUAUAUUGUACUAUACUUCAGAAACCUUUCCUUUUGCAUGACAAGAAUGGAAAAUCCGUAUGGAUCUUGGGUAGUUUGUAGAAUAGAUGGGACCAUAGACAUGGAGUCCUGACUCCUGCUUGACUUUCUAGAACUUCGGUUUAAAUCUAUUAAUUUAGCACAAAUAUUGAGAAUUUUAUAUUGUAUCCAGUUUUGCUGUCUUUAUGAUGGCAUGUCCCAGUAACUUUCUGGGAGAGAUGAAAAAAUUGACUUAGAGUGACUUCUGGCUUUAGGAAAAGGAGCAAUCAGCAAAAUCUUGGUAUAAGUAUCAAGAUCUGACUGCUCAACCCCAUCAGGUAAGAGAGAGGGUUUUAUUGGCCAAAUUGUACGAUAAACUAUUGAAUAUUGGAGCAAAAAUGUUUUACUGCCUUUUUAAUGCUACUGGUACUAGAAACAGUCACCCCAUUGCAUUUGCUAAAAGGGUAAUCUGUAUGGAACUUGUUUCCAUCUGCAAGUCAUUCUGGAUCUCUACUGGGAUACACCAAAAGGUGCUGGUCUAGUACACAGGGCUUGUGCUCAUACUGCCAAAUUGUGAUCAUUGCUGAUAAUGCCAGUCAUCAGAAUUGUGGGGAAGAGAUGCUCUUGCAUACAGCUCAUGGCUGCACAAGUGUGUGUCUGGAUUGGGGCCUGUCUCCAUCCAAGUCUGUUUUUUUAUAAAUUUAUACUGUCCCGCCUUUUGUUCACUGUGUAAUUGCUCCCCAAACAAUUUUAGUAGAGAUUGUAUAUCAAGCUUACAAGGUGAGAAUAAUUGAUGGGAGAGUCUUUAAAGGUUCGAGCUUCCCAUGUCUGCAUUGACUGUAUCUUGAAGUGGGUGUGUAGAUAUAAAACAUUCCUUUCCUUUUGUCUGUAAUAGUAUGCACAGCACUUAUUUUGAAUGCAAGCCUUACCUCAUUCAAAUGAAUGACAACACUUCAAUUUAGUUUAAUGGAUUUGGGUUGCAUUCUUGUCUUUACCUAGAACUAUACAUUUGUCCUUGGUUCUCUACUUAAACUAAAAUCCAAUGUAAUUAUUGGAUGUUCAUUAACUUCUUGUUCUUUCCAGAUCUUAGUGCAUACUGUUAACUACAUGGUAUUUUGCUGUUUUAUAUUUGACUCUUAAUGCCUGAGUCGGUUAAGACAGAAUAUCUUUGGGCCUUUCUAUUUUGGAGGGGAAAAUACCUCAACUGUUCCCUUAAGGACUCUUGCCAGUAUAUUUGAUGCUGAUUGUAUUUGAAGGUUUAAAACAUUGUCUGUCUCUUCAGGAAACAUAAUAGAUACUCCAUGUGUGAAAGCCACCGUAAGCAAAUUUUGAUUUAUAUUGUCAAAAGGAGGGUGAUGCUCACCAAACUAAUUUCAAAAUAAAUUAAACUUAAUCAUUA